AUGAAAACCUCUGGAUUCAUUAAGGCUAUAGCACUCUCAGAAGUGACUGCGUUGAGGCUGGCAGAACUUAGGGGGGCGACGAGCCGGAAAGAUGAUGCGGCCGAAGUGGAUAACAAUUGCAAUGAGGACGGCUCAAUGACGCGUAAGGAUCCUCAUUCUGAGCAACGCAAUGUCUUGCUUUCCUUUUUGAUUCCCCAGAAUUUGCCACCUGUUCGUCCCGAUUCAGAAAUACUUAAACGCAAGAAGAAGAUCCAUGGAAGAUACUCCUCCCUUGUGAUGCCUCAACAAGGAGAAGAGAAGCGGAGGGCCUUCGUCACCUUCCUCGCCGGCGAUGGUGAUUACAUCAAAGGGGUGAUCGGCCUCUCCAAGAGCCUCCGCCUCGUCGACUCGAGAUACAAGCUCAUCGUCAGUGUUCUUCCGGAUGUUCCGCGCCGCCACACCGAUCUCCUCCUCUCCCACGGCUGCAAUGUGCGAUCCAUCCAGCCGGUUCUUCCGCCCCCGGGAGUUUGCGCCUUCGCGUGGCCCCGCUAUGCCAUCAAUUACUCCAAGCUCCGGAUGUGGGAGUUCGAGGACUACGAUCAGCUCUUGUAUCUCGACGCGGACAUGAUGGUGUUUGAGAACAUCGACGAGCUCUUCGAUCUGUCGCCCCCCGGAUCCCUGACCGCCGUCAAGGACUGCUUCUGCGACUGGAGCCACACUCCCCAGUUCACGCUCGGCUACUGCCAACAGUGCCCCGGCCGAGUCCCCUGGAACUUCGCCCUCGGCGAGCCCCCGAAGCCUUACUUCAAUGCCGGGAUGUUCGUCUUCGAGCCGAGCAGCAAGACCUUCGGCAGGAUGGUGCAAGCCCUGGCCGAGAAUCAUCCCACACCAUUCGCAGAACAGGAUUUCCUCAACUUGUUCUUCCAGGACGCCUUCCGGCCGGUUCCAAACGCCUAUAACUUGGAGAUGGCGAUGCUGUGGAGGCACCCCGAGAACGUCAACCUGGACAAGACCAAAGUCAUCCACUAUUGCGCUGCUGGAUCCAAGCCUUGGGCUUACACCGGAGAAGGCGCAAACAUGGAUCGAGAGGACGUGAAAGAGCUCGUGCGCAAAUGGUGGGGCGUGUAUAAUACACCACUGUCGCUCGUGGAUGGCUGUGGCCCCAAGGAUCAUCCAGCGUCUGUGAAAGUUCUCGGGUAAAGGUGGCAU